GCGUCACGGCGGGGCCGGCACCGGCGGCGGCGGCGGCGGCGGUGGCGGUGCCGGUGCCGGUGGCUGCGCUCCGCUCCGCUCCGUGCCUGCCAUGGCCUCCCCGGGCCCCCGGGCCCCCCCGUUUCUCGUUCUCGGUUUGCUCCUGGCCGCCGCCUCCGCCACCGCCGCCUCCGCCGCCGCCGCCACCGAUCCGUUCUCGCCCCAGCUCGGGGACACCGGAGCUUGUCACCGGCAGUGCGGCCGCAGCCUGCAGCACCGGGCCGAUGCUGUUCUCAACGCCUGUUACCGGGGCUGCCGGCUGUUCUCCAUCUGUCACUUCGUGGAUGCGAGCGCGGCGCUCAACACAACCAGAGCCGAGUGUGAAGCAGCGUGCGCCGAAGCCUACAGCAACGCGCAGGAGCGCUUCGGCUGCAGGACCGGGUGCCAAAAGCAGCUGCCGGAGGUGGAAAGCAGGAUGGACAAGAGCCCCGAGGUGAAGGCGCCACCGUUCUCCGUGCUGGAUUUGGUCUCCACCUUCUGCAACGACAUCGUCAGCUCUGCCCAGAGCUUCAUCUCCUCCACCUGGACCUUCUACCUACAGGCGGAUGAUGGCAAAGUGGUGGUGUUCCAGUCCCAGCCCCAGCUGGAAUUCCCCCUGCCCGAGGUGCAGAUGACCCAGCCGGAGCGGCCGGGACCGGGGGCCAGCCCCCAUGUCCCGCAGCCCCACGCAGGCCCCCGGCAGAAGGAGGAGAAGCACCCCCCUGGGAAGGAGCCGCGGGGCAAAACCAAACCCGCGGACACCCCGCAGCCGGAGCACGAUUUCCUGGGCUGCAUGGCCAAGCGGGGGGCGGCGGGGUGUUACAGGCGCUCGGGCCUUCCUCGCUGGAUCCUGGCCGCCUGCCUCUUCCUCUCCAUCAUGGUGAUGCUGUGGCUGAGCUGCGCCAGCUUGGUGACGGCCCCCGAGCAGCACGUCAAGACCCAGCCUCUGAGCAUCAACGGGGACAAGGAGUUCCUGGAGGACCUGGACGGCCCCGGAGCCUUCCCCCUGCCGCCCGUCAUCGCCGUCACCCUGUGCCCUGCGCAUGGCGAGGACGCGGGGCCGCUGCCCCUCAAGGUCGACCUGGAUAAAACCGUCCUGUAGCUCUCCUGCCCCUUCCCCAUCACCUCCCUGCCACCUCGCUGUCACCGUCCCCAUGCCGGUGUCCCCGGGUCCUGCUCUUCUCCCCCGUGUCCCCAGCUCCCCGUGGGCUCUGCCUCCGUGGUGGGUGGGGGGGGUCCUGGCUGGAUGCCACCGUCACCCCUAGGGCCAGCCUGGGGCUUUUCCUCCUCCGUUAACGUUGCUGCGUGGUGGGCUCCUGCUUCCCGGAGCUAAAAGAGGGCUGCCAGCGUGGGGAGGAUGGGGGGAGCCCGUCUGCUCCGGAGCAGAGCCCCCCGGGGCCCCCCAGACCUCCGGGCAUGGGUCCAGCGCUGGGCAGGAGGGAGCCGGCUGCGGUGGGGGAUGGAGCAACGUCUGCAGCGCUCGGGGCUUUGGCUCGGCACAUCCCCGGCCUCCCACCUUGGGCUGAGCCUCCAAGGCGCCGGCUCCGGCCCUGGGAACUCCCUUCCGCCGGCCGGAGCCGAUUGCCUCGGGGAGCCGAAACGUGGCGAAUGGAUUUGGCGUUGGCAGCCGGAGAGAGCGGCGGAUCUGGCCGCCUCCGUGCCCACGCGAGGACCCAGCCGGCCCCUCGCAGGAGCUGCCGAGGGGCCCCGGGAUGGAUCCUUCCCCUCCCUGCUCCCUGAGGCCUCGGGGGUUUUAUCUGGUGCUGGUGGGACCGAGCGGGGAGGACGCGGUGGCAUUUCCCUGCCCCGUGCUCCUGGGGUGCGCCCGAGCACAAUCAGAGGUGCUGGGAUGUGCUGGGAUGUGCUGGGAUGUGCUGGGAUGUGCUGGGAUGUGCUGGGAUGUCUCCGUCCGGGGCUCAGCAUCUCUGCCCGCAUCCCGGAGAGGCUCAGCCCCCUGAGUGGCACCAGCUCCGGGUCCCUAAAAGGGGCAAGGACCCCCUAGAAGGGUCCCAAGGACCUCGUGGCCAAGCGGAGCCCCUCAGGGCUCGCCCCUGUGCAGCUCAGAGCGGGGGCAUCCCCCCACCUCCCACCCUUCUCCAUCACCUCCUGCGGCGUUUCGUGGUUUGAUUCACACCGGCAUGUGGUCCCUCGGCCCCCGGCACCCCGUGGGGACACCCCUGGGGACAGCCCGGCGGUGGCAGUCCCCCCCCCGCAGCCACCUAACACACAUGUACAGGAUAACUUAUUACCCCUGCCCCUCCGCCCCUCGGUUUUUACGCUCUCCCCCUUUUUGGGGGGGCCGCGCUGUGUGUUGUUGCGGGGCAGGGGAGGCUCUUGGCCCCGGCCCCCGCCGGUUUUGUGCUGCUCCAUAUCACACGUGCAACAUAUCUGGGUUUGGGGGGGUGUGGGCUUGGGGGGAGGCGCUGCGGGUUGGGAGGGUGGGAGGGGGGCUCGUGUCUGUUUUUGGGGUACACUUCUCGGUGUCGCUUUGUGGCAGCUCAGCUCAGUGUCAAGCUCGGUGCAGUCUGUGUCGUUGUCUCAGCCAUGUGGCUCCCCCCGCCCCGUGCCCGGUCCUGGGGGGGGGUAAAACCGUGGCUGGGGAGCACCCAUCCCGCAUCGGUUUGGGUUCCAAGGAGCAAACCCGGCCCCAAGCUGCCUGCGGAGCCUGGGUCCGGCUGGGCAGUGCGGGAGGGGAAAUAAAAGGUUUGUACCAGA